GCGAUGUGAAGUUCAUCCCGCAACCCACGCACGUACGUACACGUACGUGAUAUCACCCAAUAUGCAAUGUGCACAGUAAUUCGGGUGACGGAAACGUACGUAUACACGUACACAAGUACGUACAAACGCAGCAUAGGCCUAACUCAGUCUUUGGAAACCAUUCAGUUUCUUUUAAUUACGCUACCCGCACCCCGCACUUCAGUUCGUUCAGCGAGGCCUACUUCUACUUGGUUAGGCUUCGUCAAGGAAAUGUUCUUGCACUAAUGUUACAAAUCAUCGAACAAGACUGUAGGUCAACGUGAUUAAACGAGGAAACGAAAGCUUGAAGGAAUGGGUGUAGUUCUAGCAGGAAGCAGCUGACUACAGGAUUGGAAUGGAAAUUGUCCAAAGUGGAAGGUCAUGCGAGUUACUGGGGCGUGAAAGUGCCACCAGCCUGCAGAAUUCAUCAGAAAUCAUCACUCAGCACAGCUCAGCUCCAAAGAAAUCCAGAGUACUUGACAUAGUCCCCAUUGGCUCUCUGUUUCUUGUAUGAGAUCACUUCCUCUUUUUGUAUUUUCGUUUCAUUGCCACACAUUCCUGUCCGAGAUUCUUCCUCAGUGCUUUUGAUACCAAUAACUUGCUCUAGCCUUGAUAGUGCAGUGUUUUAUGACAGUCUUACAUACAUGCACAAGCCUUGUCCACAUGUACAUGUAUGCACGUGAUAGGCAGUUUGAUACUACAUGGAUAUGUACAUGUAGGUCCCAAGCAUUGAAUGGACUGGACCAUGCUUCCAAGUUGACAUCAGCCUUCAGUAUUUGAACCAAACACAGUGUCUUAUAUCCAGUAACCACCAGGAAAAGAAGGACAGUCUACUAUCGUUAUGUUGUAGGAUCUUGAGUGUUUGUAAAAGAAGUGUUCACGGUAUUCACUUACAUUUUCCUGUUUUACAUGUGUUUUUGGAGGGGGGAGUUCUGACUUCAUUAUGAAAGUCCCUGAGAUUGACACACGCUCUAUUCAGUCGGGGACCUCUCAGGCCACGACAGACUCUGUCAAACGCAAGAAGCAGAGUAGCUUCAUCCCCCGGUUCUUGCAGCGGCAGUCCAGGCCACGCCGGGGGAGUCUGGACACCACACCGGGGCAGAGCAGUGGGGUGGGGGGAAGCAGCGGGGGAACGCCCCCGGCCAAAUCCUACCGCCGGGCCGUCUCCAUGCGAGGGGCAAGCUCCCACCGGGGCGGGGGUGGGGGAAAGUUUGUCGGUAGCAUGGAGUGCCCACUGUGCCUGAUGGACCGGCCCAAGGACCACUUCCCGGACAUCAUGACCUGCGAGCACCGGUCUUGCCGGGAGUGCCUGCGACAGUACUUGAAGAUUGAGAUAACGGAGAGCCGGGUGAACAUUGCCUGCCCAGAGUGUGCUGAGCCACUCCACCCUAAUGACAUCAAGUUGGUCUUGCAGGACGAGAUGCUCAUGAAUAAAUAUGAGGAGUUUACACUGCGACGGUUGUUAAUGAUGGAUUCGGACUGCAGAUGGUGUCCAGCACCAGACUGUGGUUUUGCGGUGAUCGCAACGGGUUGUGCCAACUGCCCGCAGCUCGCCUGCCAGCGACCGGGCUGUGGCACUUUCUUCUGCUACCACUGCAAGCAGGUCUGGCACCCAGACCAGACAUGCGAUGCAGCCAGGCAGCAGCGGCAGGGACUUCUGAGGAAGACGUCACGGUCUUACAGCCAGGGCUCUGCGUCUUCAGACCAGAUCAAACCCUGCCCACGAUGCACUGCCCUCAUCAUCAAGAUGGAUGACGGGUCCUGCAACCACAUGUCCUGUGCGGUCUGCGGGGCCGAGUUUUGCUGGCUGUGCAUGAAGGAGAUAUCAGACCUGCACUACCUCAGCCCCUCUGGCUGCACCUUCUGGGGCAAGAAGCCUUGGAGCCGCAAGAAGAAGAUCCUAUGGCAGCUGGGCACGCUGGUCGGGGCACCAGUUGGAAUAGCACUGAUUGCUGGAAUAGCCAUCCCAGCCAUUAUCAUCGGGAUACCAGUCUAUGUGGGGAGGAAGGUUCAUGGAAAGUACUCUAAUGUGUCACGUCAUCGCCGCAACCUGGCCAUCGCAGGCAGUGUUACUAUGUCGGUCCUUGUGUCUCCGGUCAUAGCAGCACUUACAGUGGGCAUCGGUGUACCCAUCCUCCUAGCCUAUGUCUACGGUGUGGUCCCUGUGUCCCUAUGUCGCAGUGGGGGCUGUGGGGUCACCACCAGUGAUCGAGGAGGGGUGCGCAUCGACUUUGAAGACGAUAAUGACGUGGGUGCCAUAACACCCGGCAAUGUGUCAGAUACCAAUCCCGAUGUCAACAGUGCCGUAGUGAAUGCCAGCAUUGGCGAAGCCUCCAUGAACCGCGAGAGCUACAGUCACCUGGAAGUGGCUGGCGUGAUCGGUGAUGAUACAGUCAGUGACAACGCCAGCACACGGGCCAUCGCAGGGGCCAGUCUGACCGGUAGCCUGUCAGGGAGUGGUGGGGUCGGGCCGCUGGUACUUCACUCCAACCGAUUGGACGUCCACGCUGAAGUGGUGAACAGUAAUCAGACACCCAGUCACAGCAGUGAGACUGCCUCCAUCAAUCUGUGUGAUAACUGCAUUGCACAGGCUACCACUGGUACCCUGCAGGCGGACAGAGAAAAUAACAAUACACCUCUGAGGAGGGACCCAUUGGAGGUGCAAGUGGACAUUGAGAAACGGGCUUACAAAACCAGACUAAGCAAUGGGAGUUGCAGCAGUACAGAGAACAGCCACCUGGCCCACUCUUCCAGUGGCUGUCAUGGUUUAGGGGCAGCAGCGUGCCAGAGAGAGGAUCGCCGCUCUGCCCCGCCCACUGAAGACGUCUGGGAACUGAAGAGCAGUGUCAGCGGCUCUGCUGGAGCUAACCCGACCAGUGCCAUGCGCAAGACCAAGAGCAGCAAGAGCCGUAGCAACCGCAGCGGCAAGAAGAACAGCGUCAAGAUCAGUGACCGCAUAACGGAGGCACCUUCCUCGUCAUCCUGUAGCCAUGACAACGUCAGCAUCAACGACUCCAUUAACUCGGAGCUCAGCGCCGUGCUCGCUGACAGUGAGUGCACAUCCGAGUGCAGUUCUUCAUCAAACGUCGAAGGUGCUGUCUCGACUUCUGCGUCCCAGAGCUCUGACUUCAGGUGGAAGGGCCACAGCAGCGGUGGAAGAAGUGGGAUCGCCGACAGUGGCAGAAGUGGGACCGGGGAUAGUGUCAAGAACGGGACCUCAGAAAUCUGUGAGUCCUCGUCUUCAUCCUCUGCCCAUCGACUUCAAAUUGGGGAAAGCCAGACACCAAUUUCUCUGACAGAGGUUGAGGUGGACCGCCCCCACUCGCAUCUGGCAGCUUUGGAGGGAGACAAGAGUCCCCGCCCCAUUUUACUGGAGGCCCCUGCAAGCAUGCCUGCUCUCACCAACAAGGGGGUGAGAUCAACUGAUCUUUGAAUUGACGAGAAAGCACUCAGUCCUAUUAUUUGUUCUUUCUUAGAGCCAUUGUUUGUCAAAACCUUGCAAAGGAAGAAUAUUGCAUUCACUGCUGUUUGUAUGCGCUAGAGGUACUAGCUCAGUUGCUGAUUUACUUGUAAAACUUCGACAUUAGAGAUCUGCAUAAUUAAACACUUUAUACCAAACACUUGCUAUAAGCCCAGAUUUACUCUGUGUCUGGAAUGAACAUGAUUUCUUGCUUAAUUUUGAAAAUCUGGAAAUCCUUUCCUUCUAAGUUUUGGAUUUCGUUUUGUCGAUAAUGUCCACCUGUGGUUGUAUUGCACACCAGUAUGGUGUACAUAUUCAUGCCUUGGAUACAACUGUCGUGACACACCAAUGCUUAGGAGUACUGUAAAUUACUGUUCUGCACUUAAGGCCAUUGUGUGUAUGAACCACUGGGCAUAUUCUUACAUUGACCUUAUACAUGUAUGUAGCAACUCUAGUUCAUACCAAUCAUGUGUUCAUUGUUUGCAAUUAUUUCUUUAUAUUUGGAACAACUCAUAUAAAAAGUACUUUUUUCCACUGUUGCACAACUAUUACAUUAGACUGCAUUGCAGCACGUAUCUGUACAGAGGGGUUUAAAGGUUCAAAUUUUACCUUGUUACGUGCUUAUAGUUUAAUUUGAAAUUCACGUUUGCUCAAUGCACAAAUACCGUAAAAUUCACUUCACAUUUUGUUGCAACAUUUCAAGUACACGUAAAAGCAUUUUUCAAAAUGAAUUUUCCGAAGGAUUUAGUUUCCAUGUAAAAAUAUUUCUCAUUAUUUUGCCACAGGUAACAUCACGCAUACAGUUACAACUUUUGUUUAGUUUUUUUAUGUAGUCAUAUUUCCAAAUUUGCAGAGAUAUGGAAAUGUGUGGAAUUCUGUAUCAAAGCUGUGACCCAAGGAGGAGAAGUGACCCUUGUGCACUUGCGCGUUAAAUGUUUUGUCAAACAUUACUGCUGUUGAAUGAUAUGUGGGUGUUACACAUGUCCAUCACACAUGUACACCCAUAUAGAAUACCAGUAAGUGUACAGUGUAUUUAGCAUUUGAAGAUGCAAUGCAGGUUGUGCACAUUCAGUGGAAAACGGGUUGUGCUUUUUGCACACCUGUUAUACAUGUAUGUGUACAUGUGUGUGAACAAGUUUGCAAGAACUGUGUGUCUUACUGGUACGUACAUGUAUAUGUACAUGUAAUGUACAUGUAUGCAUUGCGUUGAAUGAGUUGAGUAGGUUUGUAUUCCCAGUUGAAGAUUUGUCACCAGUAACUUUUGCGCAUUACAGUAAUUUCUUACUCCAUGGACCAGCAGCCUUUGAACAUGUUGAAACAUGCAUGUAUGGUACCUGUACCUACAUGUACAUGUAUGUGGUAUAACGCUCAGAAAAUGAGUGAGCAGAUGAGUUAUUUGUACAUACUUUCCCAUAUUACAUCAAGAAAGCUUUGUAAAUUAUCAGUAACCAGUACAUUUACAUGUAUACAUGUACUGUGUAUUGUUUUGCUUGGAGGGAAGUUAUGUGUUUUCACUUUCUGGCAAGAAUGCUUGUGCAUAUUAAACUCCACUGCAUUAUGGAUAUAGAUAUGAACAUGAUGAAAACAUGUUAACAAUAGGCCUGUCAGUUCUACUUGUAAGUUUGUUUUUGCAGCACCCCAUAAAUGGAUUUCACCCAGCCCUUAACAUAGGAAAAAAGAAAACGUCUGGCUAGCAAUUGAGUUUCAGUAUACAUGUACCGUGUACAUGUACACAUGUAUGGUAUGUAGUACAUUAUGCACUGCCAAUAAUCAGUUGACUGAAGCGGGUGACAUGUACGUGUCUCGGAAAAUAUGAAUACUUUUAAGGUACAAUAAAGUUAAUGUACAUGUACGUACAUGUUCAUAAAUUCUGUUUAAAGUUUCAUACAUGUAUGUGGGACACAUUGCCACGUGUUCAGCAACUAUGUGCUCAUGUACCUGUACAUGUAUGCCAACCUCCCUGCCAUUUGCCCACUGUGAAACUUAUUGUUGUCUAGAAUUAUGCUGUGAAAUCCUCUGGGACUCAAAAGUGGGAUUUUACAUAUAUUUAAUGUUGAAGUAAUCUUUGGUUGGUUGAGUAAAGCAGAUUAGACAAUUUAUUUUAAUGCUAGAAGAAAGCUUCACAUAUCAGUUCAUUUUGUUCUGGAAGUUACAUCUUUUGGAAGCAGUGCUUCAAAGAUUAAUACAGACUGUAUACCUGUGGUUACUUGUAGAAAUUGUUUAGCUCCUAUAAAUGUGUACAGUUUUGAGUGUAAAUGUACAUGUAUGUAUCCAGUGGAGUCAAUGACAGUACUGUGUAUGAUAGUAUACAACCUUUGAUAGUGUAACACAGCGUUUUGUGUUGCAGCAUUCUGUCGUAAACCUUGAAAUUUUGUUUCCUCGGGGAAGGAUUGGAAGACGAAUGGUCGGAGGAAUCUUGCCUUAUAUUGGCAGUUUAUUCUUUAGAAAAGUGACUGGAUAUGAUGACCGUUUUUAUUCUCCGAACAUUGAAAGUCAGGACUACGUCUGAACCAGUCAUAAAGAUAAUAAAAUUGUUGAAAAGAAGUAAUCAUAUAGAUUUUGUUUUUCUCUCCAAAAAUGCCUUUAUUUUCUGUUAUAACAGCAAAAAAAAAGUACAUGUAAAGUGUGUUUGUGUCUCCAUGUAUUUAUGUGUAAUUCUGUUUAACCAUUUGGUGAACUCUGUAAUAUGACCAUACAUGUAUGUAAGGGUUAAUGCUGGUUCAAGCCAAACAUGCUGUUUUGUUCGGCAAAUGCAGUCCUAUGGACGAGUUACGUGUAAAUUUGAUUUUGCUUGAGGUGUGACUUUGUUCAUGUGGCCUUACAUUGUGCUCGCUUUGUAUUUUAAAUUACUUGCUGCAGGAAAAAGAGACAACAAAAAAUAUCUUGCAAAUGCAUAUUACUUUGCAGUACGUAUAACAAUGCACAAUAAAGCUUAACAUGCGCAGUGUUGUUAAUACA